GAACUCUCCAAUGUGAAGGUAGAAGUGCCUGGGCUGUCAUAGGAUUUGGCAGGCUAAUUUUCGAAUGGGCUAGUCUCCAUACUAAUGGCCAUCUGCUGAAACUGUUCCCACUUUGUUCCCGUAUAGAUAGAAAUCAUGGCUAAUGAGGCAUCUGCAGAGCUGUUCCUUGAUAUCCUGACCAAGGAGGAAAGGGAAGCCUUACUAAAUAAAAAGAUGGAAGAAAUAAGAAAAAAGAAUGACGCCUUAAGAAAAAGACAUGAGGAAAUACAAAAAGACAAGAAAGUAGCAGCUUCCUUGUUCAAGCCAUUGCCAACAGAACCCUCCGGCAGUAACUCACCUACGAAAGAAAAACAGACAUAUCCAAAUGACAGAAAGUAUACAGACAAUAUGGACCAGCCCAGGAAAAAUAAUAAACCUGUUGGAAGAGGGAAGCCACGCCCUAAAUCAGGGGGAGAUUUCAAUCAUGUUCAGGAUAUGCAUAUAACUAGAAAUUCCGAGUCCAGAAAUGUGCAGCUAAAGGAUGACAAUAAUCGAUUUCAGAACUCUGGGGAUGACGAGUAUAGAUUUAGACAGGACACACCUAAACGAUUUAGUUUUGGGGAGAAUGAUCGACCUCAAGAUUUCAGAUUUGGUGAACAUGAUGACAGGGAUGCCAGUCCAGAACAUAAACCUUACAAUAACGACAGACGAGGAGGUGGAAAUCGUAGAAACUUUCGUGGUCGUGGAUCAAGGGGAGGAAGGGGUGGCAGUAAUGAUCAUUACAAAGAGAACAGAUCUGAUGAUUUUAAUAGGCAGGACUCUUGGAACAGUAAUGAGGAGUAUCACGAUAAAAGGGAAUUUCGUAAAAGUGGCGAUUUUAGCCACAGACAAGAUUCUCGUGGUCGUGGACGAGGGAGAAAUGACUACAACAGGCAGGAUUCUAGAAGUAGUGGAGAAGAUUUCUAUGACAAACGUGACUUUCGUAACAGUGGUGAAUUUAGCAGACAGGAGUCAAGAGGAAGAGGUGGUGGGAACCAGUACAAUAGACAGGGAUCUAGUAAUGGGAACAGAUACAGUGGGGAGUUUAAGAGGAACAGCUACCACGAUAACAGGGAACAGUUUGAUGAUUCUGAAUUUGAUCAACCAAGGAAAAGACCACAUGGUGGGGCACAAGAUUACCAUGACGAUAGACCUGAAGGACCUCCUCCAGAUCCCUCAUAUAACUUUUUGUCAGACAGAUCAAGGGAGGGAAUGCAGCAUAAACAACAACAAGACAGAUCAGAUAGGAGAGAACCUCCUAGAAGACACCCUAAAAAUUUUGGUGGUCAGGAUUUCAGCAAUGUGAAGAAUCAAAUGAAAAAUGUCAAAGAAAGACAGAAUAGAAAUGGACCUCCUAAAUCAAAGUUUGAAAUGACUGUCACUAUGACAGGGAAAGAAAGACGAGAGUACUUUGAAUGGAAAGCUGACCGGGAUCGUGUAGAUAAUGCCAGGAUAGAAAGACAAAAAUCUUCUUCAGGAGAAUGGAAACGAGAAUGGGAUAAAGAAAAAUUUGAAUCUGAUGAAGCAAAACAAACAGAACCAGCAAAAAGACCCGCUGGUCGUAUUGGAAGUGGUCGAUUUGACCGAGGUGAGAUGGACGAGCGACAUAAAGGUACAGCUUCUCCAGAAGAGGCCCCUAGGGUAAGUUCAGAAAUGGGACGUCAAAGACCAGAAACACCGACAAAGUCAAGAGGAGAGGCACCACCUAGAGGACAUGGAGAGCCAUCACCAAGAGGACGAGGAAACAGACAUCCUGAUACCCCACCAAGAAUGGCUGCUGGGCGUGGCAGAGGCAGGGGAAGGGGUAAAGCCAAGUCUGCCAAUGAAGCUAAACCCCAGAGAGUUCGGUCAACAUCAUCAGGUGACGAUCGGGUGGUCAAUUGUGAUUCAGAUUUACUGGUCAUCAAAUUAGAAAAUACACCUGGAGAUAACAGUGUAGAGGUGGAAUAUUCUGAUGGUGAAGCCCCGGUGAGGAAAACUUCAACUGGCAAACAGAAAAGGGGCGGAGCCACUGGAACAGCUACCCAUGGAGCUCAGACAGAAGAGUUAUGGUGGGAUGAGGAUGAUGAUUUGACGAUGAGUUUGAUUCAGGAUGGUCUUGAGGGGGAUGAUGUCCUGGAACACCGACCUCUCUUUGAUGAUGGGGAGCACAAGGGUGAUGAAGACACACGUGACCUUGUUGUUGGUGAGGAUGAGGACGAGUGGGAGGAUUGUGACGAUGACUCAUUUUACUCGACAGAAAAGAGUCAAACAUCAACAGAUUCAAGGGAAGGUUACCAUGGUAAUCAACUAACAGUAAAUACUCAGCUCAAUCCAGAUGCACCAGAAUUUACACCGACAUCUCCAUUAUCAUCACCCAAUUCAAGGUCACCCAGAGAAAAACGUUUAAAAACUAAACACGCACAAAAUGGGCAGAGAUCAAAGGCAGAGGAACAAAACAGAAGCAGCUCCAAGAAAGAUGAGGAUAAAAAGGGGGGACAAAAGUCUAAAACAGGUCAGCUUGUUUCAGAUAAUGAAACAGCUAAGGACCAAAAGGGAACAGAGAAGAAAAAGGAAGGUUGUGAAAAAAGCGGUCUAAACACCACUGACCAAAAGGUCAGUGAAGACACUAGUGGUCAGGAGGCCAAAGAUGGAACUGACCAAAAGGUCAGGGAGGACACAGAAGUGUCAAAAGGACUAACUGACCUCCAGGAAGGAGGCAAAGUUGAAAUGGAUAGUUCAAAAGAAACUGAUUCACUUAUAAAAUCCAAGGAGGACUUAAUUACUUCAUCAAUUGAUGAUGAUGUUAAGAAGCAAAAAGCCCAUUCGGAAACUGCCAGUAAAGGCAGAGACGACACCUCUGCAGAGGGUGUUGUAACAAAAGAGGUAGAAACCUCUGGAUCUGUUAGUGGUGAAGAUAAUGCCACUACGGAGGAAAGUGUUGAAGACACUUCCAAAUCAGAAGGUGGUUCUGAGGACACCACAUUAUUGGGUGACAAAGACACUACAUCAGUUGGUGUCAAGGAUACCACAGAAGUUGAUAUCAAGGACACCACAGAAGUUGGUGUCAAGGACACCACAGAAGUUGAUGUCAAGGACACCACAGAAGUUGAUGUCAAGGACACCACAGAAGUUGGUGUCAAGGACACCACAGACGUUGUUUCCAAGGACUCCACAGAAGUUGGUGUCAAGGAAACCACAGAAGUUGUUUCCAAGGACUCCACAGAAGUUGGUGUCAAUGACACCACAGAAAUUGUUUCCAAGGAAACCAAAGAAGUUGUUUCUGAGGACACCACAGUAGAUGGUUCCAACAACACUUUAGAAGUUGGUGUCACAGACACCAAAGAAGUUGAAGCAGAGGACACAAAGACCAGCGAUGACAGCAGUUCAGGAGCUGGCACUAUGGAGCAGAUGGCCGACAAAGAGACUAAUGAAGACGCUGUCAAUGAUAAAAAAUUAGAAGAAUCAUCAAAAGAUGACCAAAAGGAACCUGACCAGUAGUUCCUUUUCAAACUGACCGAUUACAUCCAGGAGAAGAUUGUCAGUUUACUUUUCGAUGACUGAUCUAUAACAGAUAUGGUCCUAUAGUUUCUUCCAUAUAUAUAUGAUUUUCUCUAUAGAGUUAUCCCAAUUGAUACUACUAAUAUCUAUACUGCUGUAUUUUAAUUCUAGUUUUAUUACGCUAUAUCUAUUAUGUAAACUCUAGUUUUCAAGUAUGGUAUCAUUUAUUUUAGUAUCUUUUUAAUUAUUAUUUAAACAAAGUUUAUACUCCAUAUCUUUUUUAUCAUUUAAAAAAAAUUGCACCAAGUUUUUUUUAUCGUUUAUAAGUGUCUAGUUCGACAUAAUUUUAACAUAUCUGCUUCAAAAAUAUCAAUUAAAAAAAACAUUUUAUAUAAAAAAAAAUGUUUGAAUAUGAAUCCUGAAAUGUCAGCUUAUGGAUGUUCUUUACAAAAGAAAUGAAUGUAUUUUUAUUAACUGAUUAAAAUUAUAAUUGAAACUGUCAGUUAAACUGAAAUUGAAUAAUUAUAAAUGUAUAAAAAGAUUUAAUAUUUACGAAAUUUUUUACAAGUCUUUUUGUUGUUAAAAAAUUUCUUCAAGAAUUUCCUUUAGACUUUUUCUUUUUUUUUUUAUGUCUAUCUGUGAUACAAAAUUAAUAUAAAUAAUCUAAUCACUUGUGAUUUUUUUUUACAAUACUCACCUGAAUAAAUGUUCAUAAAAGAAUUUUUUUGAGCGUUUACAUUUUAAAGAAGACUAACUGCAAAGAUCUGAAAAUAUUUACAAUUUUUAUUUUUUUUUAGAUGCAAAAAACUUUUACAUCUUUGUAAAGUUUUAGGACGAAUACAAUUUUAAGUGUUUUUCAUUAUUUUAAAAGUGCCUUUUACUUAUACAAGUGGUUGUGUAGUGAUAUCAUGACAGUUUCGCAUAUAUUUCUUAUUUUAUGACACAAACCUUAAAAGCAUAUACAGUUUUUGAAAUUUGAACUGAAGUAAUCGAAAAAAAACUGCUUGCUAUUGAAAUUCAGCUCAAUCAUCACAUAUUCAGAUGUAUUCUACAUAUAAAAGUGAAAACUGAAUUAAGCCACUGUUUUCUCACAAAUUAUUUUACAAGAAGUCAUAAGUCAUAAGUCAUUUCAUCCUACUCAUCCUAAAACAUGUUUUUUGGUGUGAAAAGAUUCACAGAUUUCCUUACUUAGAAAAUAGUACAUGCCAUAGGUUUGGACUAAAAUUUAUACUUUAAAAUUGGUGCUUAACUUGCAUUUGUUGACUGACUUCUGCAGGUUUUGAUGUUGUAUUCUGCAUAUAAUUGCCAAAAAAUGUUGUAUUUUAAGUGUUCAGCAAACUAUUGUUACAGCAAAUCUGCCCAUUGUUUGUUGUUUAAACUGUUAUUGUGUGUUUUUUUACUAUUUCUUUUGUUGCUUUAUACCUUUUGUGUAUUCUGACUAUGCUGAUAAGCAUAUGGAAAUGAAAUGAAAUAAUUCUGAGAAAUGAAAGAAUUAAAAUCGUUUCAUUUGCUUAUCGGGUUAUAAAUUAGCUGUUGAUUAAAUUUGUAAAUGAAGUUUUUACAUGUAAUUUAAGUCCGUAUGUUUUAAAUUUUUUGUUGAUGUAAGCAUAAAAGGUACACAUUUGAAAAAUAUAAACAUGAUAAAAAAUAGCUUAAAGUUGCUUUUAACAUUUGAAAAGCACAAAAAGUACCAUUGUAAAACAUUUUUUUUUUAUCUGAAACAUUUUCUCAUUAUAAAAUUAAGUCUUAUGUACAUGUAUUUAAAUUUUAAUAUAUAGAGCAAGAUUGUACAUAUUUAAUUUUCAGAACCAAAAUCUAAGUUGAGGUUUUGUUAUUUAUUUGCUAUUUAUUUUAAAUUCCUAUUUUUUUUUUUUUCUAUAGUUUUUUACAAGCUUGAAAUAUCCAAAGAUAAUUGUAUCAGAAAAGAUGUGUAAAAAAUGCUUUAUAUUUGAUUCAAACACUCCAUUAACAAAGAAGAGACAAAAAGGAACAAAUUAAUCAUUUUAUUGUAAAUUAGAAAUUUAAAAGGGCAUUAUUUCAAAGGUCUAAUUUAAUUUUAUCAUGCACAUCCUCAUUAUAACAUCUAUCUAAGUUAAAUUAAAAAAAUGCCAUUUUUAAUAAGGGAAAACUGAUGUGUAUUAAAUAUUACCCAAAUUUUAAUUUUUCAAAUGAAAUACGAGGGGAGGAAAUAAAUAUGUUUAUUGAACUAUGAAAAAUGUACAAGAAAUAACGAGAAAUUGGAAAUAUUUUGUCUGACAUGUAUUUCAGUUUCAUACUAAAUCAAAUGUCUGUAAAACAUGGGAUUUACUUGACAAUUUUUUUAAUGCACUUUCUAGGAAAAACUCAGAGGUUAAGAGAAACUAAUGAAGUAAACAAAACAACCUGAAGAGAUGCACACAUUUAUUUCUGACUAUACAAUAAUACAUUUGUACAUCAUAUUAUUCAUACAUUUGAUCAUUUAGUAAAUCAUAAGUCAUAUAUAAAAUGAUAUUAUUACCACCAGAUAUUUUUAUGUUACAGGACUUUUUUGUGUUACAAUUAACAGUCAUUGUUUUGUUUUUUUGUCAUAUUUUCUUAUGUUGUAUACCUGAAAAUAAGGCUAGGAUAGAACAACACAAUUAUCAAAGUUAAGCUAUAUUAUUCCAAAAAAGUUUAUGGAUAUUUUGAUAACGAUAGCUUGAUAGAACAUUUAUAAUGGACCAUUAGAAAAAGAUUUUGUUUUUUCCAUGCCUCGUCUCGUUAGGAGUGUUAUAUGUAAGAUCCACUAUAUAAGUAAAAUUAGAAAAAAAAUGAAAAAGCAUAAAUAUGAAAAAAACUCAUUGAUACAUACAUUUUGUUUGAUGAGAAGUAUAUUUUAUACUGGGCAGAUGGUACAUUGCAUUCCCUAUCAUUGGGUCACAUCAUAUCUUUGGAUAUAUUUUAUCAUUUGUAAUAAAAUGCAACUGAUAGUU